AUGGCCGCGGCGGCCUUCCUCUCCGCCAGGGCGGCGCCCGCGCUGCUCCAUCCCUCGCGCAGGCUGUCCCGCUGCCUCGUCGUGUCCCGCGCGGCCGCGGCCGCGGCCUCAGCAUCCUCGUCCUUUCGGGGGGGUGGGGGUGAGGGAAGGCGACGAGACGAGUGGGGCAUCAUAUCGCUGGAUGAUGCAGAGCUCCCCUGCUCACCGCUUGUUUCUGAUUGGGCGGCUUUCGCAGGUGGUGGGGGAGUCGGGUUCCAGGGGAAGGUGGGCUUCCUGGGGCUCGGGAUCAUGGGCGCGCCCAUGGCAUCCAACCUCAUCAACGCAGGCUGCGACGUUACGGUGUGGAACAGGACCAAGAGCAAGUGCGAUCCCCUCCUCAGCGUCGGUGCCAAGUACGAGCCUUCACCGGCCCAAGUCGCUUCAUCUUGUGACGUGACAUUCGCGAUGCUCGCUGAUCCACAAAGCGCGGCUGAGGUUGCAUGCAGGUCCAGUGGAGCGGCUGAAGGGUUGGCCCCUGAGAAAGGCUAUGUCGAUGUGUCGACGGUUGAUGGUGCUACAUCCAAGCUGAUUGCUGAACGCAUUACAAGUAGCGGGGCAUCUUUCCUUGAGGCUCCAGUUUCAGGCUCGAAAAAGCCAGCAGAAGAUGGACUGCUCAUCUUUCUUACCGCAGGUGAUGAAUCCUUGUACAAGAGAGUGGCGCCCCUCCUUGAUGUCAUGGGGAAGGUUAUUUCCCAGGGUGCUAUCAGUGCCCCCAUGUUCUCCCUUAAGGGCCCAUCCAUGGUUAAAGCUGCAUAUGCUACUGCCUUUCCUCUGAAGCAUCAACAAAAGGACAUGAGGCUCGCAUUGGCCCUGGCGGAAUCAGUGUCCCAGUCCAUUCCUACAGUUGCAGCUGCGAACGAGCUGUACAAGGCUGCAAAAUCGCUUGGCCUUAGUGACCACGACUUCUCGGCGGUUAUUGAAGCGCUGAAAGCCAAAGUGCAGAGCUCACAGCAGUAG